GCGGCCAUGCAUGACUAUAGAUUCUUUCGCGAGAUGAGCAUGGAUACACAAAAUAUUGCUUCCCGCCUAAGUGCUUCUGGUAUCUUCCGAACUCAAGGCCUGAUAGGAGGAAAAUGGUCUGAAGCGUAUGAUGGAAAUACAAUAAAGGUCCACAACCCCACCACUGGUGAUGUUAUAGCAAAUGUCCCUUGCAUGGGCAAAAGAGAAACAAGUGAUGCAAUAUCUUCUGCAUAUGACGCAUUCAGUUCAUGGAGCAAACUAACUGCGAGCGAAAGGAGUAGAUGUCUACGAAAAUGGUAUGAUUUGAUCAUUGCCCAUAAAGAAGAGCUAGGGCAACUUAUAACGUUAGAGCAAGGAAAACCUUUCAAAGAAGCCCUGGGAGAGGUUACGUAUGGGGCUAGCUUCAUUGAAUUCUAUGCUGAGGAGGCAAAACGUGUGUAUGGUGAUAUAAUUCCAGCUCCUGUAGCUGAUCGCCGAUUAUUUGUCUUAAAACAGCCUGUUGGAGUCGUUGGAGCAAUUACACCUUGGAACUUCCCUUUGGCCAUGAUUACUCGGAAGGUUGGCCCUGCCCUGGCUUGUGGUUGUACAGUCGUUAUUAAACCCUCUGAGCUUACACCCUUGACAGCUUUAGCGGCAGCUGAGCUUUCUCUUCAAGCUGGAAUACCUCCGGGUGUUGUGAACGUAGUUAUGGGGAAUGCUUCUGAUAUUGGGGACACACUACUUGCAAGUCCCCAGGUACGGAAGAUCACGUUCACAGGCUCAACAGCUGUUGGAAAGAAAUUGUUGGCAGGUUCCGCUGCAACUGUUAAAAAGGUGUCCUUGGAACUGGGAGGAAAUGCACCCUGCAUAGUAUUUGAUGAUGCAGAUCUUGAUGUUGCAGUGAAAGGAAGUCUUGCAGCAAAGUUCCGUAAUAGUGGGCAAACUUGUGUUUGUGCAAACAGAAUAAUUGUGCAAGAAGGUAUUUAUGAAAAAUUUGCAAAUGCUUUUGCCAAUGCGGUUCAAAACUUGAAAGUUGGUGAUGGUUUUACUGAAGGUGUGGCACAGGGUCCACUAAUCAAUGAAUCAGCAGUGCAGAAGGUUGAAUCAUUUGUUCGAGAUGCUGUUUCAAGGGGAGCAAAAGUCAUGCUUGGGGGUAAAAGACAUAGCCUUGGAAUGACAUUUUAUGAGCCUACCGUUAUCAGCAAUGUCAACAGUGAAAUGCUUUUGUCAAGAGAGGAAGUCUUUGGACCUGUUGCUCCUCUUAUGCGUUUUAAAACAGAGGACGAAGCCAUCCAAAUUGCCAAUGAUACUAAUGCAGGACUCGCCGCAUACAUAUUUACAACUAAUGUCCAACGUUCAUGGCGUGUGUCUGAAGCUCUUGAAUAUGGAUUGGUUGGUGUGAAUGAAGGAUUAAUCUCUACAGAGGUGGCUCCUUUUGGAGGAUUUAAGCAGUCCGGUCUUGGACGAGAAGGGUCCAAAUAUGGGAUUGAUGAAUACCUGGAAAUAAAAUAUGUGUGCUUGGGGAACAUGGACAGUGCAUGAUACACAAUGUAGUUACAACUGUUAGAUGAGGAAAGCAACAAGGAUGUUCCUGAAGAGCUUGGAUUCGAACCAUAGCACUCUAAAAGCCUUAUUAAGAUCUUUGUAGCUUAAGCAUUAGGCAUUGAAAUAAUGGUGUACUAGUAGUGCAUUGAAACUUGGGUUUGUGUAAACUUAAUUUUCAGAGUACCUAUUCUUCUUUUUGACAAUGCAUGAGUUAUAAACCAAA